AUGGUACAGGCCGGCCAGCAUGCCGACGAGCUCCAGGAGCUCAUAGAGUUCCUCAGCGACAAGCGCGCACCGGUUCGGACGCAUGCCGCGGAGCUGGUGGAGGGCCUGACGGGCUCCCCGGAAGGCAUGUCCACGCUUUCCAAUCGUGCGGACACCCUACUGCCACCCCUUUUGCGCCUCAUCGCCGACACCACGGAAGCCUCCCGGCCCGCCCUGACGGCCCUCGUGAACCUGGCCCAGGAGCCCGGCGUGCAGUCGGCGCUGCUGGCGCUCCACGCCCCGGCUCGGGCCAUGGACUACCUCCGUGAGAACGCGUGCGCUCACCCGGGCCUGCUCAUUUCCCUGCUGGCCAACCUGACUGCCAGCGAGGAUGGGAGCGAGGCCCUGCUCCAGCUCGGCCAGAGCAGCGUGGAGGGCCUGCACACCGCCACGCUCCUCAAGCUGUUCCUGCAGCCUGUCGUCGGCUCUGAGGACACCUACGAGCACGUGGCGACCAUCCUGCCCAACGUCACUCGCCUGGCAGCCGGGCGGCAGCUGCUGCUACAGCCGGGGCGGGGCCUGCUUACCGCCCUCAGCAGCCAGCUGCGGUCCAAGAGCGAACUGCGGCGCCGCGGUUCUGCUCGCGCCAUCAAGAACUGCUUCUUCGCGGCCGAGGAGGACGGCACGCUCGAGGACAUCCUGGCAGAGGAGGCGGCCCUCACCACCAUGCUGGACGUGAUCUCGGGCGGCGAAGCGGAGGGCGAGGCGGACGGCGAGGCGCGCGAGGCGCUGAGCGAGGCCCUGCUCUGCCUGGUGCGCGUGCCGACCGCGCGCAAGGUGCUUUGGCGGCUGGACGCGCCCAAGCUCAUCGGCAAGGGCUACGAACUGGAAGAACACCGCGGAGUCUGCGCGGCUAUGGAGGCCAUUGCUGAGUUCUUCCUGGAGGACGGGUUCGGAGAGGAGGGAGGCAAGGAGGGCCCCGUCGAGGACGGCCCUGCCGGCUUUGUCAUGCCGGAGCCGGGGUUCCUGCCCCCCGGCGUGGCGCAGGGGCUGUCCCCUUCCGCCCGGCGGCACAGCUCCGGGGAGACCAGCCUGCCCUCCAACCCCCACCGCCUUGCCCACAUUGAGGAGAUCGAGUGA